GAUUUGAUAAAAUGGAUUGAGGGAGCGGCAACGUCCGCCACUCGUUCCUCAUUUCCAUUUUCCACAGUUCAAAGAGCUCCAAACCAACAAGACUACUUUAUCCAAUCCCUUCCCUCAACUCCUUUUGUUCUGGUCUUGAAGUUUAUUAUACUGUCUCCCCUCGUAUUCCAUCAAACCCUCUCUAAUGGCAAUGGCUUCCUUUUCAUCUACUUGCCUCAGAUUCCGCAUACCUCUCAACCAAGCUGCCAAGACCGACCAGAACCAGUGUCAGGUUCUCAGAAGAAGUUCCGCCGGGGCCGGUGGAUUGCUCAAGAGUAAUGGUUUCCAUCUUGUCACUCACAGAACCUCCCAAUCCCACCUGCGUGUCUCUUGUGCGGCAAAACCAGAAACAGUUGAUAAGGUGUGUUCAAUUGUGAGGAAACAAUUGGCUUUGCCUGAAAGCUCAGAGCUCACCCCUGAAUCCAAGUUCUCAGCUCUUGGUGCCGACUCCCUCGACACAGUGGAGAUUAUUAUGACCUUGGAGGAAGAAUUUAGCAUCAAUAUCGAAGAGGAUAACGCUCAGAACAUAACGACAGUACAAGAAGCUGCCGAUUUGAUUGAGGACCUUGUUGUUAAGCAGCAAUCUUAACUCUUAAGCUACCAAAGACUAGCUUUUGGUAAGUUAAAGUUGUAUUAUUCGGAGAGGCAGAUGAUAAGAGUUGGGUUGAGUAGGCAGGAUGCUAUUUUUUCUCCUUGAAUGAUUUUUUAAAGCAAAUUAAUGUACUUGUACUCGUGGAAUUUAUGAACAAAAACCAUUUUCGAUUUAUUUUUCAAUCUGUACAAGUUCAACUUGUUAGCUUGAAAUUAAUGCAA